CUGACACGGAACAGAAGAAAACUAUGAAAAUCAAGGAGGCGAUAAAGGCGUCCCGACUGACGAUACGACCCUUAAAUCAUAUUGUAGUCGUUGUUGUGAUAUCAGCUGUUCUUACAAAAAAAAACUUGAGCAGAACGAGGAACAAAUAACUUGGGAUGAGGUACCUCUAGAGGAAAACUAUCACAUCUAUUAGGAGUAUGGCCAGACGUAUUUCUGAGUGCAUAACAAAUCAUUGUUACCUUUUUUUUUAUUAA